AUUAUUCAUUAAAGAUAGAUUUUUUUCGUUUUUUUUUAAAUAUAUAAAUACAUUGUAUUGCUUUUUAAAAAUUUGUCGAGCGUUCACGGGUAAUGCAUUCGAAAACUACAUUCAAACAUUAAAAAAAAUUAAAAGCUGUAAUUUGAACCAUUGUAAAUUAGAAGAAAGUCAACAAAAAUUCGAAUAAACAACAGUUCGGAGAUUUGUCCAUCAGUUACCAUUAUUGGAAACAAGUAAAGACACCUGUUAAAUGACCUAAACUCCAGUGUGAGGCUCUAAUUUCGAACCCAAACAACGGUCACGCAUCAUAAAAAUGGUUACAGGUUACAUAUUUGACAUUAUCGUUGUACGGAUUGACACGGCUACUCAAAGGUUUGACGAUCCGAACCUCUUCACAGUGGAUGUCAAUUACAACAAUGUCUCGCUAAGCAUCACCGCUAGUCGCAUUAAUGUAGCCGAAUUUCGUUCCGGUCGUAGCUAUGAAUUUGACUCUACUCCUGAUGAACUACGUUCUGAUAUGGAGACGAACCCUCUGAAGCUAACUGUAAAAUAUGAUAAUUUAAUUGUUGGGUCUGGUGCAAUGAUUUGGCCGGACUCGGUUCUAAAUAAAAUAUCGAGUUCAAGCAACGAAAUUACACAUGUCGACGAAUGCGAGCUUAUGUUUGACGAAGACAAAGUCGGCACUGUUGAGGUUAUUGUGCGCUUGCAAUGUAAAUGCCAAGAAAACUGUGACGAUUUGAUGGCGGAUCGUGACGAUAUUCGUCACCACUUAGAUAAGGUGAUCAAUCCGCACGACAUUCUGUUUGUGGUGGGUGAUACUACUAAAGAAGACGACUGCACCGGCCUAUUUCCCGGAUCUAAUCACUCCUGCGAUGGAUAUCCAUACACCACAGCCCUCGACCUGUCACGUUAUCGCGCUAUGAACGGACGACUGGUUCCAUCACCCGAUAUUUUAAAUACUUGUGGUAAUGCGGAGUGCUGUGAAUUAAAGAAAAUGUCUAAUACUUAUCAGAAGCUUAUUGAUUCCAUAGCAGUUGCAAAUGAUAAGCGAUCCUGCCGUACCAACAACCAUAUGCGCGACUGUCCGCAUGACAAUAAGUUCUCUUCGAGCAGUACAAGAGAUAGUUCGGAUUGUAGAUUUCCAUGCUCUUGUUUUGCCAACCAACACUCGGAAAAUGGUGCGUUUGCCGGUGAAAAGCUAAUAAAUAUUUGUCCUCAAGUGCCACCGAAAACCAAUCAGACCGUCAUGCACACACCAAGGCUGUGCCCUGUUUGUAAGGAAAAUAUUUCUUGGUUACCAAAACUAGCGUGUUGUCCGAAAUGUGGUUAUAAACCGGUGCCCUAUGUGGAAGAGAAGCCAUAUAACGAAAAAAUGACAGCUGACCAAAUACUGCAAGAAUAUCUGGACAAACAGUCUAGCGGCACAGAUCAGAAAUUGAGCGAUUGCUGUCGCCACGACGGUGGUGAAAUACCUGCUACAACAGAGAAAAAGGAAUGUCGGUGCACUUGCAAGAACGGCAAAAUAUGCGCUCAUUGCCGGAUCCGUAAGCUAUGCGAAGAUAUCUUUCAGCCUCCAAGGCCGCCAGAAGAGCCCGAACAGGAUUGUGGAAAGUGUGAGUCGGAUGAAAUGUUCAAUGUGUGCAAAACGAGCAGUAAAGAUUGCCGUCCUUACCUGGCUCGUGUGUUCUCAGAACUGAGAGAUUUGUAUGAUAUAAAAAAAGCUCAAUAUAAGCCCUUCAAGCAAGAUGAAAGAUGUGAAAAGGAGUUGCAAGGAUCAGGUGGUGGCCAAAAGAAACGCACUCAACACUCCGAUAAAUCAGAAAAACAAAAGAAACCUACUCAGGAAGAAGAACAAACAACAAGAAGAAAGAAAAAGACUCGAACUAGGACGAAAUCGAAUGAACAUGAGCUCACCAAGAAAGAUAAGAAAGCAUAUUCAUAUGGCGGCGAUCAUUCCUUUCCUAUCAAAGACUCUCGCCACCAGAAAUGUAUUAAUGGUUUCAACAUCGGUAAGAAAAAUGUGCCACGUAAUAUGGGUUGGCUAUGGAAUUUGGAAACCAGCGGCAAAAGACGAGGAUGGAAGCCGGGUGCCAUACGCAAGCCCAUUAAGGAGAUAAUGAGAUUCUUUCUAAAAGACUAUCCGGCCGACACCAUACGAGUCUCACAAUAUGCUUACCGCGAUCAAGGCAAAGGCGACGGUAGAGAGCUGGAAGAGGAGAUACUACAACGACCAACAUUGCACAUAUGUAAGAAAAAUGACGAGUAUUUCAUCACUUUACGUCCGCUUAAGGAUCCCGAAGCGCUGAAGGAAUGCGCCGAUCCAUAUCUUAAUAUGAAGCCCAUACAGUUUAAAAUUACUAAAAAUCCUCUUAUGGUUGAAAUGAGUAAAUUGAAACGUUGCCUCAAGGCAAUGGGUUUUGCUAAAUGUACUUGCCACAAACCGGUCAUUGAAUGUUUUUGCCGCAGUUUCUUAGACAAGAAACGACUUGAAUAUCAGGUCAGUAAGGAAUGUAGAAAACGCCAAAUACCAUGUUGCAAUAGCACUCUAGUACUCUCCGAUACCACCGACUCAGAUGUGGAGUUCGAUUUUGGAGUUACACCACCUGCAGGCGUUAUUAAGCCGGAGCGUCUGAAAAAGCCCAAUCUGGUGAACCAUGGAACGCAGUAUGUUGAGAAUGACUGGAAUAUACAACCCAAGUAUCCUAUGUUGCCAAACAGAUUUAUGAAGUCAUACAAUUGCGCAACUGGAGCACACUACGAUUUCACUAGAAGUGGUGGUGAAGGAGGUUGGUCUGGUGGACCUGGAGGAAACUGGGGUGGUGGCUGGAGAGGAGGUCGUGGAGGAUGGGGUCAUGGAGGUGGUAGAGGUGGUGGAUGGGGUCCUGGUGGUGGCAGAGGUGGUGGAUGGGGGCCCGGUGGAGGUAGAGGCAGUUUUGGACCUGGCGGGGGUAGGGGUGGUUUCGGAUCUGGUGGUGGUAGAGGUGGCUUUGGACCAGGAGGAUGGGGCCCAGGUGGCGGAAGAGGAGGGCGCGGAGGAGGCCGAGGAGGUUGGAGUGGGCCUGGCGUUCCUGGAGUUCCCGGAGCUCCUGGAGGAAUUGGUCCAGAUAGUAAACCAAUAUCUGGCGGUGGCGUUGAUAUGAUGAAAUAUUUAAAGAAUAAUAAAGUAGGCGGUGGCGGUGGUCCGGGAGGAUCUGCAUACCAAGCGAGACUUCGUCGGGAGCGCUUGACAGAAGUUCCUCCUCCUUUACUGUGCAUGAUUGAUCGUCGAAGGAAACCGGAUCCGUAUUGUUAUCCUUGUUAUCCACCAUGCUAUCCUUCAUAUUAUUCUCCAUGUUAUCCGUGUGGCGAUUGUCGUUAUCCGUGUCCAGAACGAAUAUGUUGAACAUUCAAAUUAUAAAACUAGAAAGCUGAAAAAA